CGUCCAUGGAUUGCCGAGUCGAUGUUGCCCCAUAACACUGCCGUUGCUGGGUUUCUCUAUUUAUUCACGGGGAUAAAAAGCGCCACCGUGCUAGUUAUACAGCUGUGAUCAUAAUAGGCAGACCUUUCCUGCCUUGGCAAUCUGACAUCACAGACUGUUCUCCCGACCAUGCGGAGACUCUAUGAAGACGUUGGAAGCCAAGCGUAUUUCGAUUCUUUAAGAUAGGCACAGAGGUGCUUUGUUUGGCGUUGGAAAUGAAUCUCCGCCAUUUCCUAUUUUAUAUGCCUUUAUGCGACCCAAUUUCCAUGGCGGCCAGUCGUGGUGAUAAGGACAACUUGAUGCAUAAUGGAGUUCCCAGCGGGGGCGGUCACUAAUUUUCGGAUGACCGAAAUAUACUCCACCAUACACUGGAAAAUAUAUUACAUUGAAUCCCAUCAGCUACCUUCCCCUGGCGCUGGUGUGUUAGAGGAUCCAAGUUCGGCUCUUGCAAUCGAACUUGAAUCUGCAAUCCUUUUAAUACGGGACCAAGGAUGCCUUGUUGAUGCUAUUCCGGGUGGAAAUGGCUUAUGGGUAUUUUCACAUAAUGGUGAAUUUGAUCAACUCCAACCAUUUUCUGUGUUGGAAAGUGACUGCUCCUUGACUAGCCUUCAAAUCGGGGCGAUUACAUUUAAGCAAUUCCAUGCAGAGUUUACACCACUCGGAUAUCUCAUUAAGCGCCUUAUGGCGGAGCCCCAAGGGACUAUUUUCUCUCCAUUGUCUCAACAAAAGUUUGCAAAUACAAAUGAGGAUUGUCCGAUUAACCGAGAAAUUGUGACGUCGUCGGCGUUUUAUAAAGCAUUCACCUCUGCCAUUGCGGGUUCGCUUUCCCUCCGUGCGACACAAUUACAUGGAGCAAUACCCCUUGGGAAAAGAGCUCUAUUUACCACCUCAGCCCCUGACGAAAAGCUUGGUCAAGGUAUUAAUGCCGACCCAACCUUGGGGCCUAGAUCGCUUCUCUCGACCCUUAACAUUGAAUUUAGUUUCAAAUCUCUCAUUAUAUCCUGGCGUACCAUCCCACAGUGGGGAUUGCAGCAACUAUCUACGACCGCGGGUGCUGAUAGUAUAAGUGAUGUGUCCUUACAUGAAGACAUAUGGCUUGCACCAACAGGGUCCCUCUGUCGGUAUAUCGGAGCAGACCCAGGACAUUCAAGCGGUCCCCAGUGGGAUCCGUCAGUUGGUGACUAUGGCGAGUUCGAAUUCCCUGGGGGAGGAAACCUUCUUUAUCUAAGAGAGUGGAAACGAGCUGUCUGCGUAAGACUCCGAAUGUUUGGGCUUGGUUCGGUUGACCCAGACACGGAAACAUGGAUCGAGGUGGAAGCACUUAAUCCGUUCGAAUCUCGGUUGGGUGGAACAGCAGGGGAGAAUCGAAAGUCAAUCGCGUAUAAAAGAUUUCUCUGGCCUGCUCGGUUAUGCUUCAAACGCUCCAGUGAACAAUGUCUCGCGCUUGAUAAGAGAGCUGAAUAUCUUGAUGCCGCAACUUUGGACCCAUUGAGCCUGGCUGAAAAGUGGGUUACAGAAAUGACUACCAGGACAUCGCCAGAAGAUCAGAUGGCUGUAGAGACACACGUUGCGGAAGGAAUGCAACCUGAGGCUACGGGAACUACGGAGAAAACCAGCAGCUCAGAAAUAUUUGCCAGUUUGGCUCGAAAGAUUGAUUUUUCGGAUUUGUCUGCAGGAGCUGUUUAUCCAACUCCACCUGGUGCUGUUACGGGAACCGGCCUGGUUGCUGCUGGUUCCUCCGAUGUACUGACUCUUCCUGGCGUGUCCAGCUUAAGCCAUGCUCACCCACAAAAUACAUCUCGGCGUUCUGAUGUGAACAUAUCAGGUGCGGGUUGUCAGUCAACGUCAAAUUCGUUACCGCCGGUUGAUAUAACGACCACUGCAUUGGAAAUUGGAUCAGGCAUGUAUGAUACAACUGCAGAUGACGAUUUGUUCGAUGAGCUUGAUGGUGACUUUGCUCCAAAGCAAAUCACAGAGGCUGAUUUCAACUUUUUUGACGAGCCAGAUUUUGCAGCAUUCCCAGGCAGUAUUGAUGUAUCAAUGGGCAGAGUUAAUACCAGCCUUCAAAAUAGUCAUGGGGCCCACGACGGGGACGCUCUCGACAUUGCCGGCACAUCUCACGAUGCGGUUGAGCGUCCCGCGGGCUCAGCAGAGCCAGAAGAAAGGAAAGAUUCUAUGAGGAACCGCGAGCACCGUGUGGUUUUGGUUCCUCCCGCUGUUUCUAGCCCGAAGGAAAACGUUCAGGCGGACCUACCUAUUGAAUCUGGAAACAUUAUCUCCCCCACACCCGUAACCCCCCAUCAACCUCUCAGCCCUUCGAUUAUCAGGAAGAUUUUGUUCUCAGGCAACUCUGGUAUUCCUACCACAACGUCAUUUGACAAACACCCAACAAACCGGAAGGCCAGGAGCGGCUACGAACCCUUGUCUUUCGGAGAGGACCUCAGUCUUUCGGAUGGGAAAUACGAAUUGGAUGGGAGGUUUUGGUUUCUCCCCAACGCCGAGAGCGAUCAGAUGGAAAUGCAUCCGUCAGAUAUACCCAGAGUUGGUAUCCCUGAGUGGCGCAAUGAAGAACGGCGUGCGCUUCCCAUGGAAGAUUCGUCUAGAGACCGAUUGAAGAGUGGCAUGCAAUCUAGUUCAGACUCUUCUGCUGAGUCUAGCGAGGACGAUAGUGAGCCUGAGACUACCCCGCUAGAUUAUUCUAACCGUGGUCUCCGCGUACUUUCGGCCUCAAGAGAUAAUAGCCAGCGCUUCAAGGACCUAGACUUUACGCCGUCUCCAUUGGAGCCAUUGACGGUUAAUACUGAAUUCUCGAAUACAGGAAUGAACGCGAAUACGCUGUCAUUUCUACGGACACUUCUUUUCAGGGCCAUCGAUUGGACUUUAGAUGGUUAUUUUACGUCAACAAGCGGGCGUUUCCCAGUACUCCUCCGAAGAGAUGAUUUGAUCCAGGUUGCACAGAUCGUUGUGGACCAAGUUACCCAGUCUAGCUUGAGUCAUGUUUUGGAGAGACGCACUUCGAUUGGGCUUGACCAACAGAACGCUCUACCCCUCAGUUCUACAAGUAAGGAUAGCUGGUAUGGCAAGUUUAGUAACUUUGACAUCAAGCGUUAUACGGCCAUCGACGUUGAUACUUCAAUUCAAGGUCUGCGGAAAGAUUUCCGAUAUCUGACCGUCGGUUCGAUGUCAAAAUUAGAUCCUCCUCAUAUAAGGAUUCAUCGUGGGAAAGGCGAGCUUGAAGUUCUCCCUCCCGCCAUAUUCUUCUGGGAGCCGUUCGGGUUCGAGCCUACACAAGGCCAAAAGGACAUCCUUGCCUAUUGUAUCUAUCCAGAAAGCGCAGAGGAAGGUGCAGACGCGUUUCUUGGUAGGAUGGGCUUGCUAUAUUCAAGUGCCAACCUUGGACAACAUUCUCGCCCACAAGACUCGAAGGGCUUAAUUCCAUGGGGUUUAGAGUGCACAAGUAUUCGUGAUUAUACAGCGAUUAUGAAUAGAUUGCAAACUACAUGCGAGCAUCUUGGUGAUGUUAUUUCCUGUUUACCUCCAGGUAGCGAGAACAUACUCGUAUAUAUUGCCAAUCCAUUUCCGUAUGAAGCCGCAGUCGUCGAUAUUUGUACGGCGUUUCUUUUUCUAUUUCGAAAAUACGUGUCCAAUUUUGAAAAGCAUACUAUUCGGCUUAACGAGGUCGCUUUACAAAUAAUCCCCUUAGAUUUUAUCGCGUCUUUAACUUCGCUUGUGGUACCCUCCCAACAAGAUUAUCUACAUUUAGCGUUCGAAGUUUACUCUCGUUGUCCUCCUAAAAACCGCUCCUCUGAUCUUCUUGGCUGUGCACCACCGUUCACUUUGGCUAAACCGGCUCCCAAGAUUGUUCCGUUCAAGCUUACACCGGAUUCCGGGUCUCCCUUGGCCGAAAAGCAUUCUAUCCAUGUUGCAUAUUCUCAGAGCAUCGAUCAGCGUUGGGUCACGGCUGCCUGGACGGAUAAUUUAGGAAGAGAUCAGUUGACAAUGACCUACUGCUUACGUGAAAGAGGCUCCACCAUCUCUAGACCAGCCUCUGAAAUCAGAGCAGACAUAUGGAGCGUCACACGGCAUAUCAUUGGCAAAUCCCAUGCUUACUGGCGGGUUAUGGUGGUCAAGGAUGAACCCCUGGAGUUGGACGAAGCAGAAGCUUGGGUGUCUAUGGCACAACAUCAUAACCAAACCAAGCCCACUAAAAUCGAGUUAACGCUGCUCAGUGUCAAUCCGAAGCCUUGCCUCUUUUUCAAACUCCCUCCUCCACCCCUCCAACCGAGUACAUUAACUGGACCCACCACGUCGACCCCAGUCUCGACUCCAAAUCCUAGCAUGCCUUCUCCCGACCCAUCCGCUGCCGCACCUACUCCUCCCCCAUCGUCGGCUGAACAAGCACAAACACCUAUCGCACAAUCUCUCGACCCUGCCGACUCUGAAACUAUUCUUAUUGACAAAACAGAGGAAACUUGGUCCAUUACUUUGUCCCACCGCGUCAAUAUCUCACCUUCUCUAGCUAACUAUCACCCAGCACUCGCCAGCGGAUACCUUCUUCGUCGCCGCGAUGGAACUAGCGACACGGAGGGACUGGCCUCAUUGUGCGUGAACUUAAUUUUCACACACUCCCGCAUUCCAAGCGAAAUGGUGCUGAAGGAUACAUUGCGCGUAUACCGUGACCUCGUAACUCUGGCAAGGACAAAAGGAAUUUUCCACGCACAAGGUGACGAUGUCCUCCCCUGGCACAUAUCUACCGCAGUGAAGGGAAGGGAGUUUUUAGGAGUUGUUCUAUAAACAUUUCGAAUCUAGUCUUUGUCUUUUAUUCCUAUGUAGUGUUUCUACAUUCGAUUGUUUCCCUUUUGCUAUAUACCCAUUUUAGGGCAGUUCGGUUUUUCUUCGCUGCGCACUUGUUGUUUGGACUCUGGUCUUGUGAAGUUAUGAGGGGACGGAGCUAAGGGUUUGAAUUGGAUUUGUAAUAUCCUGCCUUCGAGGCUUGGAGACGUAUGUAUAUACAUUGCAUGGAAAUACUCCUUCCAGUUGUGAUUGAUAUCCUUAACAUAUUUUG